AGAAUCCCCAAAAUUGGAAAACCCACAAAACCCAAGAGGCCUCGACCUUAACUUUUUUGACAUGGGUGAGGACAGAAUGAAGGUGAAAAUAAAGUCGAUGGCAGAUCUUGGUGUGGCUGUUUUGGAGAAAAUGGAGGUCGAGGAAGGACAAUCAAAGAAAAUGGAGGAUAGUCUGUUUGUCGAGGCUAAGCAUAUAAUGGCCUCCACUUCAGUGGCAAAAUCUACUGUAAGGAUAUAUAAGGACAAGGCAUAUAAGAACAAGCUGGUACUUGCACGACUCCUAGCUAGAAACAAUCUUGGUGACCCUCUCAUCAACUUAUUGAAUCCAGCUCACCCCACAAUUCCUCACCAACAACAACAGCUUGUUAACUCCCUUAUCCAGAGUGUUGCCCCAUUUAGGAGUGGCUUCCAAUCACAAUCUCACAUUCCACCCCCACCUCCUAAUCCAUCUCAACUAGUAGCCUUAGACAUCUCCAAAAGGCUAGAUAACCUUGAAAGAAAGAUAGCCGAAAACAGAGUUGUACCCCCAGGCCAAGCCAGCUCAACUCUUGUAUCUGCUUCCCUCAAUACCAACAUUGUUCAGGAACCAUACCCAUCAGGCUUUAAGAUGCCUCAGUUCAAGACAUAUGACAUAACUAAAGACCCCGACGACCACUUUAUCACCUUUUGUUUUGUCAUUCUGAAGUUGAACUCAAUCAGUUUGUAUGUUGAGAUGGCAACAGCCAUUGCCACCAAAUUUUCUAGUCGGAGGCUGAUCAAGAAAACAAUAGCCAAGCUCAUGCAAGUGAUUCCAAGGGAAGGCGAAUCCCUAAAAAAUUAUAUAAAUAGAUUCAAUGACGCUAUGUUGGAGAUCGAUUCGUUUGACCAAGCUAUAGGAAUCACUGCCAUCAUCCAAGGGCUUAGCCAUGAGCGAUAUCACACCAAGUAUUGUGAUUUCCACCAAGACCAUGGCCACGUAAUAGAAGAAUGCAAUAGCUUGAAAUUCAAGCUCGAAGGCUUGGCACGAAAGGGGAUGUUGAAUGACUUCAUCCUUAACAAGGACCACCUCAAGUUUGUAAAGGAGCAAGGACAAGAGUCCCAAGGACCUCGAGGUGCUAGCAACAAGACUGGGGUUGGAUAUCAACAAGCUCCACCUCCGCUCCCCACACUAGCCCAAAUCAUUCACAUGAUAAAUAGGGGGCUAGAGGCCGAAGGGAUGAGCUCAAAGCAGCAAAAAUUGUAUGUGAGGGAGGUCAAACAUCAGAACCAAGCUCGGAAAAGGAAGUUCGAUGAUGAAGGGUGGAAGAACCAACCCAUAACAUUUAUAUCGGCUAACCUCGGUAGUGUCGUUACACCCCAUAAUGACUGGCUGGACAAAGUUGAACCUGAGGGAAAGAAAGGAGCUCAUAAGCUUCUUGAAAGCAAACAAGGAUGUGUUUGCAUGGACCUUAGCCGAUAUGCCUGGAAUUUUGACCUCGGUUGUGGUGCAGAAGUUAAGCACCAACCCUCUAAAGAAACCCUAGUUCAGAAGAGAUGUUUGUUUAGAGGAGAGAGGCUACAAACUAUCAAAGAGAAGUCAAACGGUAAAUGGCGGAUGUGUAUUGACUACACCAAUCUCAAUGAUGCUUGUCCUAAAUACUGUCACCCCAUGCCCAACAUAGACAAGCUGGUGGAAGCUGCCUCAAGAAAUGAAAGGAGCAACAUAUUAGAAGAUGGUAACAAUUGUGUUAUGAGCUCAGAUAAGCCAGAAUCUAGAGAAUGUCAAACAGCCUUUGACGAGCUGAAAACCUACCUUAGCUCGCCACCUCUAUUGACUAAGGUUGAAGAAGGUGAAAUCCUUUAUCUUUACCUUGGAAUAUCUAAUACAAUUGUCAGUUCUGUUUUGGUCAAACAACUGGGAAAGUGGCAAAGACCAGUGUAUUACGCCGACAACAUACUACAAGGAGUUGAACAGAGGUAUUCCAUUGCAAAAAAGGUAGAUUUUGCAAAAGCUAGAAUGCUUGGGAAAACUCAUCAAAUAGGCAGUAGAGCUAGGGGAGUUCCAGAUAAUAUUCCAACAGAGGAGAGACCGAGUUCUGAGACCAAAGCAUGGUUCCUCUACGUGGAUGGGUCAUCUAACAACAAAGGGCUGGGUGCUGGAGUAGUACUGACUGGGCUUGGCAAUUUCCGAAAUGAGCAUGCAUUGAAGUUCAACUUCGAAGCCACGAACAACAUGGCUGAGUAUGAGGCGCUCCUCCUUGGACUAUGUUUGGUAGCUGAGGUCAAGGUCAAGCACCUGCAAAUCUAUAGUGACUCACAGUUAGUGGUCAACCAAGUGAAUUCCAUGUGUGAGGGGACAGAUCCCACUCUUGCAAAGUAUGUAGCUGUAGUCUCUGAGCUAAGGUGUCACUUUGAGAAAUUCCAGCUUAUGAAGGUCCUAGGAGCAGAGAAUGAGCAUGCAUAUUCUUUGUCAAAGUUAGCCUCCGAUAGCUCUAAGGGGGUGAGAUUUGUCUAUGUCGAGAUCCUAAAUGAACCAAGCUUCCAGACAUCGAAGGAGAUGAAGCUGUGGAGGAAGGCGUCCUGGUACACCCUAGUUGAUGAUGUCUUUUAUAAAAGAUCUUACUCACUACCUCUCCUUCGGUGCUUGACGCCAUAUGAAGCUCAGUAUGCACUGAGAGAAAUGCACGAAGGGGUAUGCGAGAACCAUGUGGGAGCUUGGACUUUGGCCCGUAAGGUACUUCGCAAGGGUGAAACGCCCUAUCAUUUGGCCUUCGACAUCGAGGCAGUUAUCCCUGUCGAAAUUGGUAUUUCGAGCUUAAAAGUUAGCCAUUUCGACCCAGCUCGAAAUGAACAACUACUUAAAGAAAACCUUGAUUUCCUAGACAAAGUCCGAGAGCAAUCCCGACUUCGAACGCUUACAUACAAGAAAAAGGUAGCUAGUUUUUACAAUAAGCGGGUUCGACCUAUAAGCUUCAGAAUCAAUGGCCUAGUUCUCCGAAGGGCCGGGCUCACAGGGUUUGAAACCCACUUUGGCAAGCUAGCACCAAACUGGGAAGGCCCAUAUACCGUGACCGAAAUCCCACACCCUGGUGCUUGCAUUCUCUAAGAUUCUGAAGGCAAGAGAGUACCCAAGGUCUAGAAUGUUAAUAACCUCAAGAAAGUCUACCCUUGAAAGUUUUCCACUUCACUAUUUGUAUUAGACAUCCUUCUUUUGUAUCAUUUGAUAUUCUAAUAAAGUUAAAGGUGAAAU